ACAGAGAAGAGCGGAGAAGGAGAAGACGAGGAGAGAAACGGAUUCAUGGAAGAUGCAAUGAAGUCAAUGGAAGAAGAGGACUCUCUGUUCUCAUCUAUCGUAUCAUCAGGCUUCUAUCCCCCAAUGCAACAAGAGGAGUCAAAGGUACGCCGGCCAAGAAAGAAGGCGAAAGACGUCAUAGAUGGAGAGGCGGAGGUUUGCGUUGAGGGAAAGAAGCGGAGGCUGAGCGACGAGCAGGUCAGAUUCCUGGAGAUGAACUUUGGGAUGGAACGCAAGCUUGAAUCCUGCCGGAAAAUCAAUCUCGCAUCUGAGAUCGGCCUCGAGCCAAAGCAGGUCGCCGUCUGGUUCCAGAACCGUCGAGCUCGCUGGAAGAGCAAGCAACUCGAGGAGGAGUACAUCCAUCUCAAAUCCUCUCACGACGCCGUCAUGAUCGAGAAAUGUCGCCUCGAGAACGAGAUAUUAAAUCUUAAAGACAAGUUGGUACAAUCGGAGGAAGAGAUCAGGAGACUUUCCUCUCCCUCCGCCGCCAGCGAAUUGACCGGCGUAGGAAGUCCGAUCUCUCCGUUGACGAUGACAACGUACUUUGGAGAGUUUGGGAUGGAGGAGGAAAAUGGAAUAAUGCAUAUGUCCCCGUACUCAGACAACUACUCUUACAGGAUGGAGAUGACUGAAGAGCCAUCUCUAUGGGAUGGAAUGACUAAUCAGUAAUUAGGAUGAUUAUGACGUGAUUAGUGUGUGAUUUAUAUGAAUUAGUUGGUUUAGAAGUAUAAAUUACUAAUUAGUUACUCGCCAGAAAACCUACUAGUUCAGUAGUUCUCCUCUAACAGGUGACGGCAAGGGUGGUUGUUCAGUGUGGAAUUAUUAUUUUUAUUAAGUAUUAUAUUAACCUUGUAUUUAUUGGAAUUAUGCUGUGGUUUAGUGCAUAGUUACUAUUAAUAGCUAGUUUAAUAUUGCGACCAAUGGAAUU